CUGUGAAUGGCUGUGAAUAGGCUGAGCUGUGCAUGAUCAUUAUUACUAAGGGAUGACCCGUGUGUGUAAGGAGGCUUCUUCUUUUAUUUUUUUAUUUAUCACAAAUCUAAAUAUAUGGUAGGGAUUCACUUCUUUUACAUCGUUUCCUUGUAGAAUUUUCUGAUGUACAUUUUAAACUUGGUUUCAUUUGAACUCUGCUUCUAAUAGUGCCAGCCUGCUUGCUAAUCUCUGCAUUGUAGUCAGGGUUUUUUUUUCAUUCUUUAAAUGUUUUCAACAGAAAAUCUCUGUAAGUAUGUUUUAUGCUGUGUUUUGUUUUGACAAAUGUGCAUAUUAUGUUCUGAGUCAGAAUGCUCUUUAAUUGGGUUAGAAUUCUCUUAUACUUUCCCUUUUCACCACCUCCAGUUUCUGUUCUGUUUUAACUCUUUAUUAUCAUAUAUUUGAUGUCUCUGUCAUAGCCACUGUACAGCUCUACAGACUAUGUUGGUGCUCUAUGAAUUAUAAUAAUGGCAUACACUUUUAACAUCUUUCUUUUUAAGUCAGAAUUUUGACAUCAUUUUUCUGUUGUUGAUUGAAUAUAAGUAUUUCUUUGGGCACGGGAAUUUAUAUAAAUGCUUAUUUUGUAUGCUAGACGUUAUAUAAUUUUCCAGAGAAGCUGCCAGAUCACUGGGAUGUUUAGUAACUCUGGGGCGUGCAUGUAGGCGCUUGCUUAAUUCCUAGAUAAGUUUUGACGAGUGUUUAAUUAUUUAUUGCAGUUUACAUAAUACAAUUAACAUUGUGCUUCAUUUUGUCACAGUCAUUAAUCUGCUUUUGUGAAUGUUCUUACGCCUAUUUUAUUAUUUAUAUUACAUUGACAUGUUUUUGAUCCACCUGUGUUUUAGGACUAAGACCUGGGGACAGACAAUUGCCUUGCAGUGGGAAGAGGGCUCCUCCAUGUUGUGACUACAGUCUGCAGAUGUGUAUGGACUUCAGAAAGCAACUGUGCUGCAAGAACACGUUUUGCCUCUUACUUCCCGGAAUGACUGACUUGUAGCCUUGUGUCAGGAUAAGAACUGUUAAAGGACUUUGCAGAAAAAAUAAAUAAAUGGAGGUGGAAGGUGAGCACAGGAUGCUGGGUAAUCAUUCCUUAUCGAAUUGCAUUUUUAAUUUAGACCAUCCCCUGUUAUUCUUCAGCAGCUUGCAUAUUAAAUAUUUUAUACCCACAAUGAAAACAUGCAUGGAUUUAUUUCUGCAUUUUAUUUCUUCUGGUGGUAAAUCGAAUAAGCGCUUGCAAAAGCUGCAGAUCUCUUGUGUGCAGCAUUUGCAACCCUCUCAUUUUACCUUUUUUAGUCUGUGCUAGGGAAUACUCCAGUUAGGGGCUUCUCGACAAAAAGCCUCUAUGCUGGAGGAGUGAUCAACAUAUGCAUGCAAUCGCGGCUUUCCUAUGGUUGUAAUAACGCUCAUUAACAAGGGCAAAAGACUGGCAUGCGCUAGCUAACAAAUACAGACGAAAAUCUCCAGGUAGCCAGGGAAGUGUUUCUGCCCAAGCACUGCAAAAAAAGACCGCAUAUGUAAUUAAAUUAAAGUUGUUUUGGUGCUCAGUGUCCCUUGAAGGUUCCUAAUCUUAAAUCUGUGCAAAAAAUAAGUCUGUUGCCAUCGCACAUGUUCUCUAAACCUGGAAGAAUGGCCCAGUCAAAUGCUUCUCUAUAGGAAGCAUUUAAUUGGACUUCAGAGAGUGAAGGAGUGACAUCAGACAAGGCAGCAAGGGGAACUUUGUGCAGUGCUGGGUUCCAGGUAAGUUUUUUUUUUUUUUUUUUUUUUUUUUUUUAAUGCUUAUGUUUAAAAAAAAAAAAAAAAAAAAAUCAAAAACAAAAUAUCAACCCUUAAUAACUGGUUGGACCAUGUGAAUAAUACCCAAUAGGCAUAAUACAUAAAUAAUUUUAGGUAAAAGUGUUUGAUUAAUCCAUUAAAGAUGAUUUAAAGUGAUAGCUAUGCUGAAUUACAUGAUAAUCAUUGAACAUUAAUUGGUACACAUAAAGUGCCAUAUUGGACCGUGAUUAAAGGACCACUCUAGGCACCCAGACCACUUCAGCUUAAUGAAGUGGUCUGGGUGCCAGGUCCAGCUAGGGUUAACCCAUUUUUUUUUGUAAACAUAGCUGUUUAUAAAUGAGUUAAUACAGCCCUCAAAUCCUCUAGUGGCUGUCUCACUGACAGCCGCUAGAGGCGCUUGUGUGAUUCUCAUUGUGAAAAUCACAGUGAGAAGACGCCAGCGUCCAUAGGAAAGAAGUCCCUUGACCGGCUGAAUGUGAGCGUAGCUCUUGCCGCGCGUGCGCAUUCACCCGAAAGGGAGGAGAGGAGGAGGAUCGGAGGCGGAGAGCCCGGCGCUGGAGAAAGGUAAGUUUUAACCCCUUUCCAGUGAACCGAAGAGAACACUGCCCACAUUUAUAUCUGUUGGGAAGAUGAUACUAACCUUACUUAUAUCCAUCCAUCCAUCUUUAGGGCCUGGGAAGUGAACACUCAAAAACAUGAUGGUGUCUGGGUGUAGAGCACAUUUCACUAGUUUGCAUUGUCUGUUUGCACGGCCAGUGAAUAGGAGAGCCAGGUUCAUCAUGUCACACAAACCGUGCUUCUUCACAUGGUCCCUCAUUAUAUGAUUACAUUAUUAAACAGAUUGUUCUGAUUUUGAAGAAAUUAACUUUUUUACUAUGUUUUUUUAAAUAAAAAUCUUUUUGUAUGGUGCAUGGUAGUGUUGUAUGUUUUGUUUUUUGUCUUUGUAUAUACACUUAACCGUAUAUUUAAAGUCUUUGCACGUCUCUUUCAGCUACUGAAGUGGACGAAUUGAGGCAAAGAAAGAAAACUACCAUUGACGAAAAGGAAAAUGAGACUGCACUAAAAGAAAAACCCAAAAAUAACAAAAAGCUUGCAAAGUCUUCCAAGUGUAAGUUAUCUCAAACUGACACACACCAAUGACAAUCGCUAUUGCCAAGGCCUUUAAUCUUGUGGGUUUUGAACACGCACUCCCAAAAAUAUAGUUUUAUAUAUUAGAAGGCUACUUAAAAUCUCAUAUUUUGACAAAUAAAUGUGGGGAUUUCAUCACAAUAUUUGGCCAUAAAGCAGGUCCCUUUGCAGAAUAAUCAAUCAUCCGAUGUAAAGGGCAUUGUACCAAGGCUGCCACCCUAAAUGGGUUCUUCAGUAUAGUUUGCAUUAAUUAUUUUAUGGCUGAGGGCUUGACACAUCUGGCAUAUUUCUGGCUUGGAAAGGUUCACUAUGUUACAAAUAAUGCCAUAGAUUUUGACUCCUGACUAAUUGCUUCCUUAAUUUGUAACCUAAGGAGACAAAGUAACCCUGUUUGUCAUGCUGUGCGAGGCAAUAGGGACCAUCUCGUAUAGCAGGUGAUGUGGAUAUUGACACGGUACUGGUUUACUAGCUAUGUACAGACAGUUCAUUGUGCUGUACAAUUGGAUGUAGAAGUGUCCAAAGAGCUGGGAAGACUAGGAAAAAAGGUUGUUUUUUUUCCUUUGCAGUGUGAAAUAUGUUCUUUUACAAUGAUAAAUAAUCUGUUUGACAUGGUAUUCAAGCUAUAUAACUUCAUGAGACAUCUAAGAUAUUAUGUAAAGUCUCAAAUCAUUGCACGUUCUUUCACCUGAAGAGAAAAAAAUUCUGGAAAUACAAUUCAAAUGCUGAAAAUGCAAUCGGCGUUGUGGGACAUAGGAGCUGGAAUCAGGCAAGUGAAUAAAGGGUUAUUUAACCCUGUACAUUGCCUAGGGGGCAGUGGAACACAGCUCUGUAUUCAUAACAUUAAAAGUGUUCAUUUAAGGUCGCCAACAUUUUUUUUAUAUCUUUAUAACCUUUAUCUAAAUGAUUCCUAUUGAUAUUCAUCCCAUCACAGCGUAAUGUUUACCUGUAGUCUGAGUCUGACAAGCAAAUAGUUUUUUCAUCUCCUCCUCUCAAUAAAAAGGUGAGACCAACAUCCAUCGUUUGGAUACAUUUCCACAGUUCAGUUUCUGCUGAGAACAAAGCUGCGUUUUGCAAAUAUUGUGGCAAGAUAUUUUUCUUUCCGAAUGCUUCAAGGAUGACAAAACACAUCCCUGCAUGCCAGAAGUGUCUUAAAACAUUAAAAAAAUACUUUAUGGAAUUAAAUAAUGAGGGCAAGUAACUUCCCCCAUUCCAUUUAAAGGGCCCCUCCUAUGUCAAACCUCACUCUGAAGCUUAAAUAUUGAGGUGGUCCUUACACCCCAAAAAUUUCAGUCAAAGAUCCUUUUUUUCCUUUAAUAAAAAAAUAAAAAGGGGUUGUGACAAACGCUCCUUACCCUGGACGAUUGUCACGAACUCCUGGAGGAGCCUGCUAGCUAGCCUCCUGAAAACAGACAUCUAUAAGCUUUACUGGCGUGAAUACACCGUAUAAGAUGCUGAAACGGGAUUGCUGUUAUUUAAACUAAACACAUCUUUCCGUCAUCCAUUACAUGUUUCUUUUCUGAUUGUCUGUCCCUGCCUUAAUAUCAUUUGAUUUUAUAUCCAGGUGGUGCUCUCCAGAAGUUUGUUGAGGUGUUCGUUGGCUGCAUGGCGGCGGUCCUCAGUGGUAUGAUAUACGCCAUCUACCUAUCUUCGUAUCAUGAGCGAAAAUUCUGGUUUUCAAGUCGGAGGGUAAGCCUAAUAUUUGUAAUCCUAUUUUUAGUUUAUUAAAAGUAAACUCUCUUGAGAAAGAGAUGCUUCAUGACAUAAGCUGAUUUUUUUUUUUUUUUAAUUCUUUAUAUUGUUGAAAGGGUUUUUUCUCUCUACAAAUGACUUUUAUAACUUGUGUUUACGUCCCUUUUGUUAAAAACUACUUCUCGAUCUUGUUUCAUGACAGUUUUUUUCAUAGCUUUUUCAAGUCCUAUGGUUAUGUGUACUUAGAAUACAUCUUUUUAGAGAAUGCUGUUUAGACCUAGGCUUUUAUUGUUAAUAGCUUGUAAGUCUGUUAAGAUUUGAUUUGAUUAUAUGAGCAGUUGUUGAAGGGAUACUGUACACACCUUAACAGUGUGUGCUAUUUACAUAGUUUAUGGUGAAAAUUCCCCCAAAUUACUGCAGCUAUACGACCACUGCUACACCCUGACCUCUCCACUUGUAUGCAUACCAUGCAAUUUCAGUGUUACUUGUUCAGACUCUCUUGUAACUUUUGCUAGCUUGCCAAAUAGUUUAGUUCAGAGAUAAGGGUACUUGUGAUAGCUAAUCUACAUACCCAAAAAAGCCUUGCUCCAUUUCAGCAGAAUUUACUUUGAAAACUUACCACUUCCUUUAUUCUAGAUACCCUGUAUAUUUAGUUUUAAUCAUUGUAUUUAUUUAUAUUUUUUCCUUUUUUUUUUUCUGGAUGUAGUAUCUUCAUAAUAUUUUAUCCUAAUGCAUUGUCUCUUUAGACAAUAUAAAUCUACAGUUUGCAAAGAAAUGAGCAAUAGUGAUGUGCCGAACGGUUUGCCGCGGACUCAUCAUUGAGUAAACUUUGACCCUGUACCUCACAGUCAGCAGACACAUUCCAGCCAAUCAGCAGCAGACCCUCCCACCUCCUGGACAGCUCACUAAGAAUGCAGCUUCACAAUGAAUGUAUGGAUGCUGUCCAGGAGGUGGGAGGGUCUGGGAGGGAGGGUCUGCUGCUGAUUGGCUGGAAUGUGUCUGCUGACUGUGAGGUACAGGGUCAAAGUUUAGUCAAUGAUGAGUCCGCGGCGAACCGUUCGGCGAACAGUUCGGGACAUAACUAAUGAGCAAUAGAAAUGUUUUGGGUGUUUUCACACUUCCUUUUAAAACUGACAUUUUCAGUAUUUGAGGUUGCACUGUGUGCUUACUGCUGUCAUAGCAGAGCUUUUAGUUUGGCAUGGCACGGUGGUUUAAGUGGUGUCACAGAUGGGUUAUGUUAUCGGUAAAUGGGUCAUUGUGUCCUUGGCUGCAUAGAGCAAUAAGGUGGGCAGAGGAUAAAUGGUUAAUCUGUCUUCGUAAACCGAACCUUGAAGGUCUAAUCAGAGAAGUAAAAGAACUGUGUGUUUACAUUUAAAGUAGUGUUCUAAUCUGUGCACUUUUAAUGAUCGCCGUGAUGGAGUGAAGGUUCUUUGGGUGCUGCAGCAUUCUUUUUAUGUCAAAAUUCUCUGGAGCAGUUUAACAAAAAACAGGAAUCUCCUGGCACCAAAGCUUGGCCCCUCUGUUAUUACCUGGAUAAUACAAUAUGUGUUCAAUGCCGGCCAGCCUUGGCUGUCACUGAUAGGCUGGGAGCACUGGACUAAGAAUGCUUUGUAUGGAACACGCAGACGUGAAACAUUCACAUAUAAAUCAAUUUUAUCUGGACAGUAUGUUGUAUUUUUAUUUUCUGUCUCUCAAGGGUGCAAGAACCAUUAUUGCAAAGCUGAUGGUGCGUAUAGCACCAUGCAUUCAGCCAGCCCCUCGGGGCUAUCAGUCAGGCAGACGUCAUUCAAAGUUCCAUUUAAUUAUCCAAAGAGAGUGACUGCACUCCAUUAACCAGGGUUGCCUUCAUCCAGAGAUAUAAAGACCUGCGGUGCUCCAGAUCGUGGAGAUGGCCCCAGCUCUCAAUGUACCCUUAAUAUGCAGGAAAAGAUGUCUAGGCAUUCAGCGCUUCAAACUACAACACCCUUUACUGGAACAUUACACAUCGGCAACGUUUCAGUCACCUGCUGUAAACUUUCUCAAGGUCUGGUUCACAGUAGGUAACUGAAACGUUGGCAGUGUGUAAUCUUCCAUUAAAGAUUGUUGUAAUUUGAAAUGCGGAAUGCCUAGACAUUCUUCUGCAUAUUAGGCACUCAAAGUUCCAAGCUGCCUAUAUCAAUUAAUAUAGUCUGGUCUAUUCAGAACCUAGGUGUGUGUGUCAGCUAUGUAUGACUGCUGUCUUUACAGGACAGUUCCACUCCUCCUGGGGAAUAAACUACUAAACAAAACUUUGGGUUUAUGGGAUAAGACCAGAUGAGAGGAGCCUAAUUGGUGGAGCCUUUUACUGUUGAGGGAGUGAUGUGCUGAAGGAGGGAGCUCUGCAAGUAAUGGAUGGGGUUAAUGGAAUUAAAGUCUCUUCCUAUCAAUCCUAGACUUUAAGCCAGUUUGAGCAGGGUCCUCUUUAACCUAUCAUUCCUGUACGUUUUCUUGUAAUUGUCCUAUUUAUAGUUAAAUCCCCACUCUUAUAAUAUUGUAAAGCUCUACGGAAUCUGUUGGCGCUAUAUAAAUGGUAAUAAUAAUGCAUGCUAGUUAAGAAUGAUUAGAUCAAUGGUCCAAAGUGAUUAUUGUCUGACCCUUUGCACACAUUCCCUGACUAAAAAGCAGAGGAAAUAUGUAUCGCACUGCAUGCUUUGUUUUCUUUUUCAGGAUCUGGAACGAGAAAUCACCUUUCAGGGGGAGGGUGCUGUUUAUUAUUCUUUUUAUAAAGACAUGCUGCGGGCACCAUCCUUCGAAAGAGGUACGUAAAUCUCCUUGACCUUUCUAUUCACCAACAUUCUGUUAAUGACAGGAAGGUUUGUAGGAGAGGAAGGGACACUCAUCAGGAGGGUUUUAUGUACAUUACCAAAAUACUUUAUGAAUGUGGGACUCCAUUUUCUAAUAGAAUCGUCACCACACACUAGGAGAGACCCGAAGCUCAACAUACAGGGGAAGCCUGGGUUAGACUGUCAAGAUAACAGAAGUGCAACCAUGAACCACCGCUAAACACUUCCCUUAUCCUAAAGAGCACACAUGUAUCUUGUUCCUCAGCAUUGAUUGAUAUUUGUGAAUACCUACUUCCUUAUUCAUAUCACUGUAUUUUCGUUGUGUUUGAAAACUCAAAAUAAAUAAAUAAAUAAAUCAUCACUUUUUAUAAACGGUCAUGUUAUUAUGAGAUUCUCCUCACCCAUAAAGCACUUCAGCAAGGUCCUUUAAUGGUGUAAUUUCAAUAGAUGUGACGGCUACCCUUUUAAAUACUAAACAUUAGACCUCCGGUGGAAAAUAAACUGUGUGACCGUACAAAUGUAGAACAGUCAGAUUUUUAACAUUUGAACAUUAGGUCAGAAGAUCCGCAUAUAUCAUGUCCAAGUAGCACAGAUCUAGUACUUUGGUAUUAACCAUAAUAGUUAAAGGAUGAAGGUACCGCAUCUUUCUUUCAGGUGUGUUUGAGCUGGCCUACAACAAUCGAACUGUUCCACUGAAGACCAUAAAUGCUGUACAGCAAAUGACUCUGUACCCAGAGCUGAUCGCCAGUGCCCUGUAUCAGAUGUCUGGCAGCCAGGUAAAAGUCCCUUUAAAACACUUUCAACAGAAGAUCUCAUCUCUUAAAUAUUUAACAUUUCCAGGAUUCCUUCAGUGUUCGAUUAUCUUUUUUCCAAUGAUUAUAGAAGUUUCUAGUUGAUCUGGUUUAGCAGGACUUGCAACUCAUAGUACCUGCAAAGAACGCCCACUCUCCCGCUCCCCCCCCCACCCUCAACCCACCAAAAGUAAUAUAGAACUGGUCAAAUACAAUAAAGGUCCUAAUUAUGUAGUGUUCUGAGCUCAUGUACAGAAAUUUUUUUUAAUGUAUUUUUUUCUUUUAAUUCCUCCCUAGGGUGUUGUUGAUCCAGUGUAUUUCUAUAUUGGGAUCCUGUUUGGCUUGCAAGGAAUAUAUGUGAGUGCGUUGUUUGUGACAAGCUGGAUAAUGAGCAGGAGUUGGCUUGCAGGCAUGCUGACCGUGGGAUGGUUUAUCAUUAACAGGUAUGAAGAGCAAUUAACUUCCAAACUUUGCUGAAACAUUGCUGUGAUCGUUAUCUCUGGACUACAGCUAUCCUAAUGCAUAACCUGUGCGUUGUGGUCACAUAGUGAGAAUUCUAUAGAGGUUGAAAAAGGAGCAACAGUGACAGGAAUAAGGAACGUUGGGGCCAGUCAUUCAGUUAUUAACAUAUGCACAUUAACUACGGGCAAUUUUACAAAUAAUUUUAAAACUGGACAGUCCUGGCAAAUAAUGUGCCACAAUAGGGUUAGUAAGUAGUAAUCAGUCUGUGGUAAAUGGCAGAGCCAUCAGCAAAGCCCCCUAACUGCAAUCACAUGUUAAACAGUCCAUUAAUGGUAUUGUAUGAUACCAGCUGAAGGGAGAAUGUGUUUUGUUUUUUGACAAAUUGGCAGGUCCUACUCUAGCAGCCUAAUGCCUGCUCUUAUGAGAUUAAUCUACUUACUUAAGAAAUUCUUCCUACUGGGACUCUCUGCUGGUCAAGGCUAAAUAGGGUCCUGGAAUGAGGCACUUGUGACCGGGAGGAGUGCAAAACCAAAGAGCUUGGCCUGGACUCCCAAACAUAUAAAUAAAACCAAGAGGGCUGCACUCACCUGAACAUGCAUGCAUUAUAGGGUGCUGCUGGGGCCAAUUUAUACAACAUUUAAAAUCCAGUGCACUCUAUAUUAAUGUAUGCCGAGAGAAAAUCUGACUUAAAGUAACUAAUUGAUAUUUUUGUAAUGUUCCCUCUCCCCCUUGUUCCAGGACAGAUACCACCCGUAUGGAGCACUCCAUUCCCCUUCGUGAAAACUGGGCACUGCCAUAUUUCGCUUGUCAAGUUGCUGCUCUCACAGGCUAUUUAAAGAACAACAUUAACUUUUCCGUGGAGGUAAAAGUAAAAUGUGUGUGUUUUGGGAGGGGGUAACUUUAAAGCAUUGGUAGCCAAAGGUAAAACUACAAAUUCCACGAUGCUUCAUCAGCCUUAAGAUUUAGGAGGUUGAGUUGUGUAAUCUCUGAGCAUUUCACUUUGGCCACCCAUACUUUAAAAUGUUGCUUUUAAAAAAAAUACAAAUUAUUUUUCUUUUAAGGAGCACACCAAUCACCUCCAUUAAUACCUGCAGACAUCAUUCUAUGUUGUUGUUUUUUGUUUAUUAUUCUUUUUGCUUGAUGUCAGAUUCAUAAUAUUGCAAAACUUAAUUAAAACGGUCACGUACAAUUGCACAUUUUUGUUUGUAAUGUGAGACGAGUUCCUUGCACUUUGAAAUCUUCGCUGCUGAUAGAAACAGUCAUGACUACUUAAUGUUUUACUAAUUGGCCACAAGGGACCACAUUUUAGAUGCCUUAAUUUUUUUUUUAAUCCCAUCCCCCUGCUUUGCACUGCAACAUUUAGAAUGAGAUUUCUCAAGACAAAAACAGGUGGAAGUCACUAUGGAUACGAAUAGAAUGUCCAUGGAAAGCUAGAAUAGUACAGGUUUUUCUUAAAUAAAGCUCACCUUCACUUGUUUUAUGUUUUCUUUUGUCUGUAAAUGUGCUAUGUUAUAUCUUUCCAGAGGCUCUGCUAUUUGCUGAUGAGCGCGUCUACAUAUACUUUCAUUAUGAUGUGGGAAUAUAGCCAUUACCUGCUCUUCAUACAGGCUUUGACCCUUAACCUUCUAGAUGGCUUCUCUCUGAUCCAGAAAGAAAAGGUAUGACAUGUUAACUCUGGAUUAUAGUGGACAGAACAUCUGUGUUUAAAAUGUUUACUAAUAGACCUUAUCUAAUUGUUCAGGUCCAUGAAAUAAACAAAAUGUAUGUGUUCGCUGUGUUUUUGGGAUACCUGCUUCAGUUUGAGAAUACUGACCUAUUGACCUCUCCAUUGCUGAGCCUUGUAGUGGGUUCAAUGGCAGCCAAGAGCUUACAGGUGACAGAUUAUAUCUACACAUCCGCUUUAUUGGCAGCUUUUGGUUGUGACUUCAGCUGUGUUACGAUUUCUCUUUUUUUAAGCAGAUCACUGUAAAAAAGGGCACGUUCCGGGAAAAAGUGAUGAAAGUAAUGUAUUUUUACUUGGCGGUUACCCUUGCUGUAUCACUGCAUUUUUUAAUAAGGGUGAGUAAAUCUAAAAAAGUGUAUCUUGUGAAAUGCUAUUUAGUAAUUAAAUAUGUCCGCUUUGCACAAGGGAGUGUGCUGCAAAUAGAUCUAUUGCAUUGCUUAUUUCUCUCUAUAUAAGAGACGGUAUCGGUGGAAAAACUGUCUCUACAUAAAAUGCUGUCUUGCUUGAACAUCUGCUGAUUGCUGUCUGGGGUAAUUACUGGCCCUCAAAGCCAGAAUGAUCAGAAGUGGAAAUUUCUUGGGAGGUGAAAAGGAAUUCCAGUGUUUCAUAUGAAAAAAAACAAAAAACCCUACAUUGCUAUUAAAUCACAUUAUUCCUUUCCCCCCCAUAGACUGUAGUUCCUCACAAAGAAAACCAUCAGCUACUGAAAUUCCUAGAAGUAAAAUUUGGACUGAACAUGACCAAGUGAGUUACUAAUUAUUAAUACUUCUAGUCAUUUUCAAACCCGAGCCCUGGAGACCUCUAUCUGACCUGGUUCUCAAUGUUCUAUGUAACAUGUAGCGCAUGGGUGUAAAAUUAUGGGACUACGGGUUAGCAAACGAGACUUGUGUUGAUUUCCCUGCGUGUGUGCAUGUGUAUUGUAGUGCUCAUUUCAUUAUAUAAUGCUUAUAUAAUUUCUGAUUUCAUAUUCAUAAACUGUAGUCUGUUUGCUACAUAUAUAACGUGGUGAUUGUAACCCCUGAUUUAGAGAUGCAUUUUGCAUAGUUUGUAUAAAGUCGCCUGGGAAUUUUUAUCCUCGAGAAUUACAAACCUGGGUAGAUCCAUUUUCCUAAUCCUUGUAUUGGUAUCUCUAAAAUUGUAGGAACUUCACAGUGAAUUGGCUUCUCUGUCAAGGAUCCUUCCAGCCUGCAUCUCAGGACUAUAUCUUGCGCCUUACACAGUCCUCGCUGCUGCCUUUCUAUGUCCUGGUGUUAAUAGUCUGUGUCUUGUCAAUAUCGCAAUGUGCUCUAAGAAAGUUUAGGUAAGUGCUCUGCUCAGAAAACUGGCUUGCCGUGAUUCCAGGAAGCAAAAAAAUACUAUUAAAUUUCUUAGUAAAGCUAAGGAAAGAAUUCUCCCCACCUUACCGUUCUCAUUCUCAAUCACUUGUAGAUCAUGCCUUUCCUACCCUUCAGACUUUCUCCCCGGCUACUGAACAAGAGGUGGCUGUGCUUCUCCUUUACACUCGCCCCACCACUUGCCCGAUCGAACCUGUCCAAUCUCACCUUAUCAGAUCUCUCUCCCCUUGUCUUGUGCCUUCCUUAACACACAUUUUCAACUGCUCUCUCUCUUCUGGCGCUGUCCCUGCUGACCUUAAACAUGCCACUGUAGUACCUAUCCUGAAAAAAAAUCUAUUGACCCGUCCUCCCCUCUAACUAUCGUCCCAUAUACCUGCUCCCUUUUUUACUCAAAGCUUCUGGAAAGACAUGUCUUUACCCGUAUGUCUCACUUCCUCAAUGCUAACUCUCUCCCUGACCCUCUUCAAUCUGGCUUCUGCCCUCUCCACUCUACUGAGACUGCUCUUAUCAAAGUUAGUAAUGACCUAAUCGCAACUAGAUCCAAAGGCCACUACUCCGUACUAAUUCUUCUUGACAUCUCUGCUGCCUUUGACACCGUUGAUCAUGCUCUUCUACUUCUUCAAACUCUUCAAAUCACUCAGUCUCUGUGACUCUGUCCUCUCGUCGUUUUCCUCUUAUAUCUCCCAGUGCUCAUUCAGCAUCUCCUUUUCUAAUGACACCUCCUCCCCUCGUCCUGUCUCGGUUGGAGUUCCCCUAAGACUCUGUCCUUGGUCCCCUUCUAUUUUCUCUUUAUAUUGCCUCUCUUGACAAGCUUAUUGCCUCAUUUGGAUUCCUUUACCACCUGUACGCUGAUAACACCCAGAUAUAUGUCUCCUCCCCGGACCUCUCCCCUGCCGUCAUGCAACGUGCCACUGCUUGCCUUUCUUCCAUCUCUGACUGGAAUUUCUCCCGCUUUCUGAAACUCAAUCUCUCUCAAACUGAGCUCCUUUUCUUUCUUCUUCCUAAUACUGAUCCUCCUCUUUCGCUCUCCCUUCAAGUUAGUGGUAUCCACAUAAGUCCAUCCUUGCAAGUGCGCUGUCUUGGCGUCAUAUUUGAUUCUGGCCUCACAUCCAGUAUGUUGCCAAAUCCUGUAGAUUCCAUUUUAAAAACCUAGCCCGCAUCCGCCCCCUUUCUUACGUAAGAUGCUACCAAGGAGCUUGUCCAUGCUCUAGUAAUUUCCCACAUGGAUUAUUGUAACCCUCUCCGAAUUGGUCUUCCCAAAAGCUGUAUUGCCCCGCCACAGUCUGUAAUGAAUGCUGCCGCCAGACUGAUUUUCCUACUAAUAAUAAUGUUUGUUUGUGUGUAGCUGUAUUAAAAUGGGAAAGCAUUGGAUUAGCUGAGAUCGUCAAUUCUGCCAAACGUGGCCCUGGCCAAACAGCAUCUUUUAGGGAUGCAUUGAAUCAAUGCAUCUCUAUUGGGAGAGUUCAGUGUGUCCAUGCAGUGGCCAUCUGAAAAGGCAGUGUUUACAUCAAAAAGCCUGCAGGAACUGAGUAUAUUCACCAGAACAAAUACAUUACGCUGCAGUUGUUCUUGUGACUAUAGUGUACCUAUAAACAAAAACAGAAUAAAUAAAAAAGCACAAAAACUCAAAACAAUCACCAGCUGCUAUGCCACCCUGCUUUUAAGUGGAAUGUAUUUUCAAUCUGAAUUGCUGGAUUGUCUAUUAUUUAUAGAGUGAAAAUGAGAAACAUUGCUGCGUGAAUCUUUCACCCUGGGAAUCCAAAAAGUUAAAAUGUCUUUCUUUCCUUAUCUUCUACUCAUCUCCUUGCAGUGGGGUCCCAGUAAGCACUAACCUGAAGCUGGCGGAUGGUCGGAUUGGAGAGAGGCCUGAAGUUAUCUACCAUGUGGUCCAGACACUCCUGCUUGGCUCACUUGCCAUGCACUUUGAAGGGUAACUUGAUCCUACCCUAUUGUACUAGCCUUUAUUAAUGGAAAUGAGGAAAACAUAUUAUACUUUUUCGCCAAAUUAAAAUUAUUUUUAUACUGGUAUUUUUUUUUUUUUUUUUUUUUAGUGGUUAGGGAGGUAAAUAUUGUAAUAAAACAAAGGAUUGAUUGAAUCCUAGAUCAAUAAAGCUCCAACUUGAGAAAUGCAAAAAAAAUGAUCUUAAUUAGCCUUACUAUACAAAAGAAACUAAGCAGCAGAAACCUAAAGCAAGGAUUCCCACACCUUAUAAUAGUAAACAAUAAACCAAAACCAAAAUAAAGGUGACCGCGCCAUAUAUAAAUGGUUAAUUGAGUAAUGUGGGUUAGGUAGUACAACCCCUAAGUGCAAUAUACAAAAUAUUAAAGUUCAUACAUAUGUAUGCAGGGGUUCUUUUGUCUGCCACGGGAGUCUCCAGAGGAGAAAAACAGAUAAUAGUGCAAUAUUGCCAAUCAAAAUAAAAAUAUAUAAAGUGCAUUGGAGAACUAACUCACGCAUUAAGGAGCUACCAAGAGCUCUAUCAGGAUUGUACUGUCCACGCUGUGACAGCUGAGCUCUUGGUAGCUCCUUAAAGCGUGAGUUAGUUCUCCUAUACACCUUGUGUAUUUCUUUUGAUUGGCAAUCUCCUGUGGCUGGCUAAAAGAACCCCUGCAUACAUGUGUAUGUACAUUUUAAUAUUUUGUAUAUUGCACUUGGGGUUGUGAUACCUAAUCCACAUUAAUCCCUUCACUAUUUAUAUACGGCGCAGUAACCUUUAUAUCCAACUUGAUAUGUAUCUUCAAUUGACUUUGUUGUUUCCCCUAGCUUUUUGGGGGAAUUUAUAAUAUGUCCACUCGUUGGUUACUUCCCAUGCAAAACAAAUUCUGAUUGUAAAAAUAGGUUAAUUGGAAAUAAGCUAAUUGAUGGUUACACCUGAAAAAGCUUAAUAACUUUCAUACAAUCCAAAUUAAAUAGACUUGUACAGCAGUUGUCAGAUGACAUUAACCCUUUUGUCUGGCAUGUAGAAAUUAUAACCGGGACAAUUGUGAAAUGAUGGGUUAUUACGAGGCCUGGUAAAUGUGCUUAAUGAUGACAUUUUUCAAUAUACUUUCUGUAUAGCAAUAGAAUGCUGGUAACUAUAAGCUUAUGUGCCAGAUUGUCAGAUCCUGGUCACUGUUGGCAGAUUGUCACCUGCCGACCACAGUAGGGAGAUGGAAUAUAUGUAAGGCAAUAUCACAAUAUUGGCCCAAAAUUUUAUUAUCACUUAUAUCUGUUAUUUGUAUUCUGAUUGGGAACACCUGUGUUUAUACACACCCUACUUUACUUCUGGAAGCGCCCCAAAACAGCUCUUAAACUUUUUGAGUUUUUCCUUUGCAAAUAUCACAAUAUGUCACCUUUUUCCAGACCUAGAGGGCAAUUUUAGUCAUAAAAAUGUAUGCAACUAAAUUGUACUUUAGAAGUCAAGAAUAGAGAGAAGAAUCAAAAGGGUGAACCCUUCUGAAAUACGAGUAACCCAGAUUAAACGUAACUUUUAAUUAAUAUAGUGUAAUAAAAAAUAAGAAUAAGCCGAGUAAAUAUAACUUCUGCUUAGAUAGGAGUAAAUAAAACUCCUAAAUCACAUAAGGAAUAAAUAAAUAAAGUAAUAAAGAAAUAUAACAUAAAGAAAUAACAGAAAUAAAUAAUAAGAAUUGACUAAUAUCACUCUGUGAGUCAGUGGUAAUUAGAAGUAAGAGGAAAUACUGCAAAAAGUAGAUACAGAAUAACAGCAAAUGUAACUGCUAGCAAAAGUAACACAUGUUGCUAGUCUAGUGAAUAGAGAGGAGGGAAACAUAAAGGCGGUUUGAAUACUAGCAGAACGGCAAGCCCUGCAAAAAAUGGUAUAUAUAGGCAGGAGAGAAAGCUGAAAGUGGAGAGACUAGCUUCCCUACUGUGCUGUGCCUUCGAGGGCACCCCUUAAAAAAACACUAAUAACCACCUCCCCUCCUCUAAGUAGAGUAAAUGCAGUAUGUUUAGAAGUCCCAGAACUCAAACUGGAAUAAAGAAUAAAAGAAGAAAGUGCAAAUGAAAUAAAUAAAUAUAAAAUAAAAUAAUAAAUCUUGUAUGGGUGGUAUAGUCUGAAAAUAUUAAAGCAUGUCUUCCCUCAACAUAGAAGCCACACCAUACAAAUAACGUCCCGACUUUAGAAGUCUGUGUAAAUAAGAUACAUUGCUCUUCUUCUAAACACACUUAUUGCUGUUUCAAGACGCAUUACUGUGAGUCUUGUAGCUAAUUAUAGUUCUGGUGCUCUGUUAUACCCUGACAUAUCAACAAUAUAGAGUUCAUAGAAAAGAAGGACUUUAAGGGGUGCUAUAGGCACCAAAACAACUUAAUGAAGGAGUUUUGGUGUACAGAUCAUGCCCCUACAGUCUCAUUGCUCAAUUUUUUGCCAUUUAAGAGUUAAAUCACUUUGUAUAUGCAGCCUUUGUCACACCUCUAUGCUUGUAACAUGCACAGCCUUUAUAAACACUUCAUGUAAAAAGAGAUCUAAUGUUUAAACUUCCUUUAAACAUCACAAUCUGUUUAAUUUAGACUUUAUUUCCUGCUUUCUUAAUAGCUUUCUAGAUCCUGCGGGAGCCUCCUGUGUGUGAUUCAAGUUCACGUUGUAAACCUAAUUGAAAAUACAUAUAUUUUAUUUUUGUUUAUUCCAGUUGUGUGAGAGUCACAACCAGGGAAGAUGUGGCUAGAGCUGCAUAAACCGAAACAAAAGUGAUUUAAAUCCUAAAUGGCAGAAGAUUGAUCAGUGAGACAGCAGGAGCAUGAUCUAUAUACCAAAACUGCUUCAUUAAGCUAAAGUUGUUUUGACGCCUAUAGUUUCCCUCUUAUUAUAGAAAAGAAAAACAGAGGAUUUGGGGCCAAAAUUAGGGUCCAUCACUCCAAAAUAGAGACACUUGACAAGUAUGCUCCUGUAAGGGGCUCAGCUACAGGUUGCAUUAAUGCUAUGCAUCUCAUAGUGUGUGUGUGUGUGUGUGUGUGUAUGCUUCUCGGUGUUUGUGUCUUGCAUCUUGUGUUUUGUGUGUCUGAGUAUGUAUAUUUUGAAAAUUCAAGGUGACUUAAAAGUGAAUCAUAUUUAAGGUCAAAAUAGCCUGGACAGAACAAUUCUUUAAGUCAGCUCAGCUUUCAAUUUGGCUACUCUGGCCUGAAAUUUGAAAUUGAAAUUUGUAAAUAACCCUGUUUAUGUGUUUUGAGAGCCUAAUUGGAGGCUAAUAAUGAGAUCCGAACCAGCAUGACAUUUUAACAUGCUGCAACAAAUAGCCAAAUUGCUGAUUUUAUGUUGACUUUACACUAAUAAUAUUGGUUGGUGUCAUUCAGCUUUCCGGAAAUCUAACAAAAAGCAUUACAGGAAGUAUUUAAAGGGAUACUCAAACCAAAAAUCUGUUUUAAGAAAACAUUCAUUUUGAUCAGAAUAACCCUUCCUAUAUUGGAGUUGGAAGUAGAGUUAAACCACUAGCUGCAGAUGGGUUAAACUAUGUGUGUGCAGGGCUUAUUAUAAAAUACAGUCAGUAAAAUGGUCAUGGUGUUUGAAAUAAACCUGUAAAAUAAAAAAAAAAUAAAAAAAUUAAAAAAAAAUAAACUUCUGUUCCACAAAUUGUGCAGUGUCUAAGAUGGAAAAGAAUUGAAUGUAACUAUUUUGUUUUAACACGUGUUGUGGCAUUUAUUGGUUGCUAGCAUGAAGUACCUGUGGACUCCCUACGUGUGCAUGUUUGCUGCAUUUGGAGUAUGUUCGGCUGAAGUUUGGACAACUGUUUUCAAUUGGAUCAGACUAAAAGCUGUACACCCAGUUCUCCUGGUAAGAAUAUAUAUAUUUUUUUUAUAGUGGAGGUUAUUAUUAUUAUUAGUAGUAGUUUACUUUAAAACUAUUGUUUGUAUGCAAAAAAAUAUAUAAUGCUAUUGAUCUAAUGGCUAAUGGGGUUAAUAAUAAUAAUAAUAAUAAUAAUAAGAGUUUGAGUAAGUUUCUUAAACCUUAUGUUGAUCAGUUUGAAAUUUCUUCAGCUGUUUCUUAUAUUAAUAAACUUUGCUUCUUUUGAGCACAUGUGUGUAGUGCCUAGUGCAGGCAUAGGCAACCUUCGGCACUCUGGAUGUUUUGGACUACACCUCCCAUGAUGCUUUGCCAGCAUUAUGGGUGUAAGAGCAUUAUGGGGGAUGUAGUCCACAACAUCUGGAGUGCCGAAGGUUGCCUAUCCCUGGCCUAGUGGAAUGCUGAGAGCACGCCCAGAAAUUACAGACUCUAAAUGGCUGCACACAUCACAUGUCCUCUUUAUUUUUCCAUCUGUAAAUCUAGUGAGGGAUUGAAAAGAAAUUAAUGCAUUUCCAAGCUGGGCACCACUGUAUUGAAAACAGGCAGAGCUCCAAGUGAUAACUAAUUGCAGCUACAUUCUAUUGCUUGGUUAGAUCAGUGCUUCUCAGUGCUAGUGCUCUGAAGCCGGUGUGCCAAAAAGGUAGAUCCCCAGAUGUUUUAAAACUACAGCUUCCAUGAUGCUUUGUAAUUUUAAAUCAUUUUAAAGCAUUAUGGGAUUUGUAGUUCUAUAACAUCAGGGGCACCCCUGCUCUAAAGGUCCCAUCAAUGCAAAUAUAUCUCGGCCUCAUUGAUAUCAGGGUGACUUUUCUGUAAUAUAGUCUUACCUGACACGUAUAUGUAUAUUUUCUUCUGUUCCUGGUCAGUCUUGUUUUUUUUUUUUCUAUUGAAAAUAUUUGAAGGUUAAAGAACGUGGAAAAAUAAAUAAAUCUUAAUUUGUAUUGUUUUGUUUGAUUUAUUUAAAGUGACUCUGUAGGCCUGUUAACAAUUCCAUCUCACCCAUCUCAUUUUGAGAAACUGCAAUAUUUACAUUGCAGGCUUAAAGGGACACUAUAGCUUAAUGAAGACGUUUUGGUGUAUAGAUCAUGCCCCAGCAGUAUCACUGCUCAAUCAAGUGCCAUUUUUUAGUUAAAUCACUUUGCUUAUGCAGUCCUAGUUAUACCCACUUGCAUGUAAUAUGCACAGCCUUCCUAAACACUCCCCGUAAAGUAUGAUCUAAUGUUUUUACAUCUUUUAUUGCACAGAAUUGUAAUUUGUGAUUUAUCUCCUGCACUGUUAGUAGCUUGCUAGACCUAGCAAGAGCCCCCUGUGUGUGAUUAAAGUUCAGUUUACAGCGCAAGAGAUAAAAACAUCUAAAGUAAGAUAACAUCCAUUGAAAAAUAGCCUUUCUUAUCCCCAUACCUGCUGUGUGAGUCACAGCCAGGGGAGGUGUGGCUAGGGCUGCAUAAUCAGAAACAAAGUGAUUCAGCCCCUAAAUGGCAAAAAUAUAUUUAUUUUCCAGAUUUUGUUUUAUCCAUACACAAUUGUUAAUCAAAUUGGAGGUGGUGGCGGGGGGAGGAGGAGUGAUGGUUCACUUUGCUACACAACUCUGCUUCAUCAUUUUCACUGAUUAAACAGAGCCUGAUCUACUUCUUGUAUAGAGUUUUGAGUUUCAUUUAAAAGCUAUAUUAAUGCAUCUUUGUGUUUUUUAUUUGUAGGCUCUCAUUUUAAGCACUGCAGUUCCCUUGGUGAUUGGUUUCAGCUUAUGGAGAGAGGUGAGAUGAUGAUACUCAACUCUUCCAAGUGACUUUUUGACAUAAAUUGUCAGUCCAUGUCAUUUUUUUUUUUUACAAUUAUUAUUUUUUUACCUAUGUAAACAUAGAUGACGGCAAUAUUUACUUUGUAGUCCGUUCGAGGCCUUUCGUAGUUAGCAAGAGUUUAUUUCUACCAACACAGUCCUGCUGAUGGUUAUAUAUGCCAUCACUCAAAACUCUAUUCUCUAUCCAGGGGUCCUAAUAAAUGGGGCAUAUGGCCAACAAAGCCACAUUUCAAAGCCAUGUCUUAUCUUUGCACAUUAUGUGUUUAGUGGUGUUUAUUUUAUUUCCCUGUCACCUAGGGAGGAGAAGAAAUAGUUCAUCUCUGGCCCAUUCCAACUGGCCAUGCUACACAGGUUGGAAGAUGUAAACAACCUAUUGUAGCCUGAUACAUACAGAUAUGCUAUUUUAGCGAAGUAAUUCAGAAGUAAGCGACGAUCGGUGAAGCACACCUACUGGCAGAGUUCAUAUUUAUACAAUAAAUCCAUUUUCUAUACUAUGUUUACAAACUGCCUUUAUUUUCGCAGUUUAUACCCAGGAUAGUUGAUGAGCUGUCGGAGAUGGACGAGCACUAUGAUUCAGACACUGUCGAGCUUAUGAACUGGAUAAAGUAAGUGUGAUGCAUGUGGACUGCUGGUGCACAAGGCAAAUAUAUAAUGUAAUCCCAUGCAUGGAGAGAUUACAAUGCUCCCAUGAUUGACUGGAGCAGGUACUGACCUGUCUGUGUGGGGAUGGAAGCACUAACAUGCCAGUUGGGUAUUGCAUGUAGACUGGAGGAGACUAACACAAACAGUCUGAUACAGUAAAAAUGUGAUCGGGUAGGAAUGCAAGCACUCACAUAAAUGGUCCAUAGAGAGAAAGUGCAAUGGGAAUUUAUAGUAACGUUUUCAUGUAAAGGAAAAUCAAAUAGUAAUAUUACAUUUUUUUUUUUAAACAAUUACGUUAGACUGAGAACUGCUUCAGAUGUAAAAAUGCAAAUUUAUUGAAAAUGUGCAGAGAACAAAGAAUUAAUCAUAAGUUGUACCCUUUUAUUUGUAGAGUCUGUGCAGUGAUUUUUUUUUUUUAAGCUUAGCACAGUCCAUUAAUAAAUAGAGCUGGCCCAAAGUGUAUGUGCGCAAGAAUGUAAUAACUAACCAAUUUAGAGGCUGGAUGCAUAGUUGAACAAAUUGAACAGGCCGUGAGAAUCUGGAAUAAUGUUAAAAUCAGAAGGAUUGUGUGGUGGGGUUAAUGAUUGUACUAUUGAUCUCAAGGUAGAAGCAGUUUGAAGGAAGAAAGAGCAGUUUUGUAUUUGGAAGACAUAACUUUAGGGAAAGGGCAGUCAUCCAGCAAGGGACUGAAAAAGGAGAAACAAGUGAAAUGAUCCAGGAAGGGGAGACGUGUACCUUCAUGUUAUCGGCAUACAGGUGGUACUGGAAUCUAGAGGAACUAAUAAAGUUGCCAGUAAGAGAGGCAAUUAAAGAGAAACUAGAAGGGGAUUCACUGAACCAUUGUUUGCUCCAAAUAAAACCCGUACAAGAGAGGGGGUUUUGCUGGAACCUGAGACACUGUGAAGUAGCAAAGUGAGAAGCAUGAAAACAGUGUCAAAGCAGCAAGGGUUAAGAACAGUGUGCCGAAAAAGUGUUUAGUCUACAGAUUCGAAGAUGUCACAGAGAUUGAGAUGGACAUGGCCCAGUCAUCUGAAGACCACUUUUUAGACAAAUGUACUAUCACCCCCUUAUUUUUUUUCCUCUUCUUCUUUACUUCACUCCUCCUCUUUCGCUUCUCUAUCUUUCUGUAACUGUCUCUUCUUGGAGGCGGGCGACCCUGCGCAGCUGUGAACUCUGUGUAUAGCCCCACUGAGCAAUUUUGUAUUCUUGGAUCUGAUAGUGAACCAUGGAGCCUGUCGUCCAUGGCCCCUAGUUAUUACUCUCUACUUUGUACUAGGGCUUUGUUUAUGUACCUUUUUGUAUAACAUUGUAUCAAACUCUUCUAAAUAAAGAUUUGCACACAAAAAAACGGAAAGCGACACAGGUAUUUGAAUUUAAAUUCUGUGCAUCUUCUUGUUCCUUCCGUACUGGAAUCAGACACUUGAGGGCGCCAGACACCAGUGGGAUAUAUAGAGGGUAAUAUAAUUACCAAUCUUGCAGAUCUUAUACAGGGUAAUGAUGUAUGAUGCAGGACAUUAGUACCCUAUAUAAGCGCUGCAAGAUUGGUAAUCGGAUUACCCUCUAAAUAUACCACUGGUGUCUGGCGCCCUCAAGUGUCCUCUUCUUUUUUUUUUUUUUCUUUUUUUUUUUUUAAGGAGGUUCCUAUUUUGACACUGAUUUUUGCUCUUUAUGUAAAAGUCGUGUGGGAGAGGGCGUUGGAGUGGCAGCAUUCACCAGAUUCUUCACACUCGUCCUUAAUGGUGUAAAAAAAAAAAGUGGUAUUGAUUUAGCCAAAAGACUGACCCGGCAAUGUUUGACAAACACAUCAGCGAGCUGGAAACAUUGCUAGGUCACUAAUAACUCAAUUCAAAUUACACUUCACAUAAUAUAAAUAUAUAUAUUUUCUUAUGCUUGAAUUGACUUCUUUAACAUUUCUGCCCCCCUAUAUAAGCUGCAUUUAAUUGUACAUAUUUACCACAGAUUACUUGGUUAAAUUUUGUAAUUUCAUACCAGCAUUGCCUAAAUAUGGAAACCUGUCUACACAUGGUUUGUAAACGCUGCUUUACCUUACAGAGACCAAGCUCCCCUCUCAGCGGUUUUUGCUGCUAGCCCACAGCUAAUGGGUGCAAUCAAACUGUGCACUGGUUGGAUGGUGACCAGUCUGCCAGUUUAUAACGAUGAAGACCUCUUGCAGAGAAAUGAAAAUGUAAGUUAAUGAAUUUCCAUGUUGCAUCAUUGUAUACAUAUUGAUCUGUACUAAAUUCGUGCUGACUUCAUCACAUAAUCAAUAGACCUGGUGCAACAUGUGCCAGAGGGGUAAGCAAUUCUAAUUAAAACGGCUUGAUCUUAAAUUAAUGUCAAAGCUUGGUGGCAACAAUAACCUCCUUUCAAUGGAUUUUUAAAUGUCUGAAACUGAAAAUUUAGUUCACAACUUUGUAAAAUCUUGAAGUGCUUUUAUGGCAACUUCAACUUUUAGUCUUUGUCUCAGAGUCUUUCUCUAAAUUAAGCAUAAAACAUUAAUAUUAAGUAGAGCAUGAGGACAGGCAGCAGUCAUUGGCCGCGUUCACUAAGGGAGAUGAGCGCUGUAAGACAUCUUUCCCUGAUUGCUGACAGAUCUGUCUGCGUGAGCUGGCACAGCUUGCAAGGCUGACUAGAGUCUGUCUCAGACUGUCACAGUCCUUACACUCCCCGUGCAAGUGACUGGGAAUAACUGCAGACACCCUGUGAUGUGUCAACAAGAGGUGAAGCUAUUAAUGAAAAAUAACCGUAUUGGUGUCCAACAUCAUGGCAGAAAGGAGAAUAUAUGUAUAAGCAAGGGAACAUAAAAUAGAAAACUGUCCUAUUCUGUAAAGCAUUCAUUGAGGAGGAACCAUUGUGAGGAGAAUAUCAGUGAAUAAAAUUAAAGGGACCAUAGUCACCCAAACCACUUGCGUCAUCUCUAUCAAAUGGUCUGGGUGCAGUUUCCCUGUCCCCUUAACCUUGCAAUGUAAAACAUUGCAGUUUUUGAGAUGUUCACAUUUCAGGGUUAAAUGGACACUAUAAGCUCAUUGAAGUGCUCUGAGUGAGCUGUCCCAGGCCCCUCAACCCUGCAGUAAACUGCAAUUAUUACCUUUGCAGGGUUAACUCCACCUCUAAUGGCUGUCCCUGUACGUGAGGAAGGUGAAACUAUAGUGUCAGGAAAACAAGCUUCUAGUGGUUCUCCACUGACUGAGUAAAACCUGGUCACGUGACGUGGAAGCCAUGUAUGAAAGUAUUAAUUCAAUGCUUUCCAAUGGGAAACUUUAAAUACAUGCACUGCUUUAGGUCUCCAAUGCUCUUCUAUGAGGAGCAUUGGAUUGAACCACCGUCAGAGGAGGACAUUGCUGGCAGAGCGCUAAGCAGCUCCGAAGGAGCCUUGGCAUUGGAAAAAGAUGCGGGAAAAAAAAGUAGUUUUUAAUCCUUCCUCUGCCGAACGGGAGAGGUGAGGGGAGACCUAAUACCACUAGGGACACUAUAUAUAGCUUUAUGAAUACAGAUUUGUAUUUCUAACGCUAGAGUUUUCCUUUAACUGUGGCUACACUGAUGGUCGGAAAUAAAGUUAAACCAGGAAGAUUAGUAGCUGCAUAAUUUUAGACGAGAUUAUCAGGUCUGAACUUUUAAGCCCUACCCAUUCUGCUUUCUCUUUUGAUGAGUGUUUCCUUACCCAUUCUCAGUGUUCACAUUACAGGAAAAGUUUUGCACUGACAAAUAACUUUUAUAAUUUUUCUAACUGAAUAGUAUUGACCGCUGAAUAUAAAAACCCGAAAGAAGGUGUAUAUUUUAUUGAGAACAUCUGAUCAAUAGAUUACAAGAAGAUUCUGAAACCCAUUACAGCAACAUUGCAAGCACCAUAACCACUACAGAUUGUAGUAAUGGUUACGGAGCCAGGCCUCUCAUUGUAACGAGGUUGGUUCGGCUGGCUGACACUCCCUGCCUCCACGAUUGGUUCUCCCAAACUUGUCCUUGCAAUGUGUUUGUGGAUCACAUUGGUAACUGUUAACAAAGUAUCUGUUUUGUAGAUUGAAACACGUUCAGUUUCAUCAUGCAUUUGUCGUGUCCCACCCUACCCCCUUUUCAUGUACAGAUAUCUAAUUUUUACUUUCUAUCUGCUAACUUAUUUGGUUCCUGUUUUUCACCCACAUGGAUACUGAAUAUAGAGAAGAACUACUCAAUGUUACUCCUUCUCUCAUUCCUCCUUUUAGUGGAAUGUAACAUUUGGCUAUAUUGAUUUAUUUUAUUUUAUUUUAUUUUAUUUUAUAUAGUCAUGGGACCACUAUCCGUUUUUUAUACAUCUAAAAAAAUAUCAGUUUGUUCUGUAAAUGAUAACAUUGAUGGAGUUAUUAUUUUAUAGUAAUAUUAAAAGGUUGAUACGGAGUGAGCUGAGUUAAAUUUGUUAAAAUAACUUUUCCACACCUGAUUUAUUUAUUUUAUUGAAAUUUACCAGUAAUCUCUCAUCUGAAUUGGGCUGCUGGAACACAUUGCAUAGGUUUUAAUGUAAAGAACUGCGCCCCUCCCCCCACCCCAUCCCCCUCUCCAUCUGAUCAUUUACAGCUGCUACUUUUUACUAGUCUAGUAUCUUAGAUCUUUGUUAUUUUCUCUAGCUAGUUUGCUCAAAUAAAUGGCACUUACAUUGUUUAUGCACAUCAUACAUUUAUUAAUUUAAUAUUUUUUAUAGAUGGGUUUACUAAACAAUUCUGGCUUCCAUGCGUCUGAUUUUCUUCUUAUACUGCAUUUUAGCAUUGUGUUAAAUAGUCUAUAGAUCAGUGAACAUGUUUGUAUUGUUUUCCUCUGCAAGAGCCAUUCAAUAGCUGUGCAACCCUGUUCACUGACCUUCAUAAAGUGACAUUGCUAUUGAUCGCUGUUCAUUUUGUGUCCUGGAGUCUCGUGUGCUCCACUACAAAACAUUCCAUUGCAUUUAAUCAUUUACAGCCAGUGUGUAUGUGAAGUCAUUUCACAUGCACAAAAAGCAAUACCAUUCCUCUUAAUUUGAGCCAUGUGCCCCAGUAAUACUAAAGUGGGGAACACGAGAGCCACUGAAAGGUGUGUUCAUUAAUAUUUGCUCAUUUAUAUGAAUGUAGGGUAAAUAAAUCCACAUAUAAAGUAUAGUGGUUAGUCAGGGCUGGAUUUACCAAUAGGCAGAAUAGGCAGCUACUUACAGGAUUGUGUCACUUGUUGUAUUUCCACUGACUGCAAAUAAGAUUAAAGGGACACUAUAGUCACCAAAACAACUUUAGCCUAAUGAGGCCAUUUUGGUGUAUAGAUCAUGUGCCUAAAGUUUCACUGCUCAAUUCGCUGCCAUUUAGGAGUUAAAUCAUUUUUGUUUCUGUUUAUGCAGUUGUCUUUUAAUAUUGCUACAGUUGUAUUAUUGUAAACAUGUCUCUGCAGUUCUUAGCCACUCGAAGACCUGAGCGUAUACUCAUACGUUAUCAUAUGCAUCAUUAUAUAUAUAUAUUUUUUUUGUAAUCAUGCAACGUUGUAAUGGUGCAUACAGUGACCCUUUUGAUUUGAAGUGAUACUAUAGACACUAAAAACAACUUUAGCUUAAUGAAGCAGUCUUAGUGUAUACUAAAUUAAACAGACUGUGCAGUAAAGUUAGUUUAAACAUUAGAUCUAUAUUUACAGAAAGUGUUUAGGAAGGCUAAAUAGGUCACAUGCAGAGAGGUGUGACUAGGGCUAUGUAACCAAAGUGAUUUAAUUCCUACAUGGCAGAGAAUUGAGUAGUGAGACUGCAUGGGCAUGGUAUAUACACCAAAACUACUUAAUUAAGUUGUUUUGGUGACUACUACAGUGUUCCUUAACUCCAAAAGUACUAAAAUGCUCAGAAAAGUGUCACUCACUUUGAGAAGCACAUACUGUAGUCAUCACUAUAUAAUCUGGAUUGAAGGUGCCGCAGUAAAUUAAAUUAUUUAGUCAGUCCCUGCAGCCUUUUUAAUGUAAACACUUCCUUAUUAGAGAAAAUUGCUGCCUAGGGACAUCAUCUCCAGUGGCGUCACUAGAGGUGCUUCCUGGGUUAGUGCUGCACAGUUUGCAGCACUGACUUUCAGUGUCUCCACGCUCUGCAUGGAGACGCUGAACUUUUACCAUUGUGCUGCAUUGAUUCAAUACAUCUCUAUGAAGAGGUACUGAUUGGCCAGGUUGGUGUUUGGCUCUGCCUCCUUGGAUAGCAUUGUGAUUGGCUGAGUAAAUCACCUUUCUAACCUGCAUUGCAAACCUAUAUUUUCAGAGAUACACAUUUGUGUUUCUGACACUAUAAUGUCCCUUUAAGCAUGUUUUUUUUUACAUAUGGGGAAAAUGGAAAGGUAAACAUCUGGAGUGGUUAAUACCAUUAGCGCUUUCUGUAAAAUCCAUGGUAGACCAAUGUCAGACCGAACUCUUGGCAGUAAUUAAAUUCUGCAAUCUCAGUUGCAUGUAAGUUUGACUUGGCAGUAUCUCUGGAGGCACCAUAUUCAUUGUUAAAACUAUGGAGAUGUAAAUUAUCUUGAAUAAAGAAAUGUUCCACAAUCAAUUUGGCUAACUAACAAGAAUUGGAUAUAGCCAAGGAGAGGGAGAAUACAUAUAUCUUCUUUGGGAGGGAAACAGAAUAAGCUUUUCGGUCAAUUUUGUAUUUUGCCAAACUCUACAAUUGUUAAUGUUUUACAGAGCUGGCCACUACAGGGCCCAUGCUCACCUACUGUGGUGAUUUUAUAAUUUCUAAUAUGUAUGUUAAUCAUUUUAACUUUGUGUUUGUUUUUUUGCAAUCAUGCAAUUUUAAAUUGAGCUGAGGUUUCUUUUUCCCUCCAUUUAAAGGGAUUCUCCAGUGCCAGGAAAACUAAUUAGUUUUUUUAAGUUUGACUUUUUUUUUUAAUAUAUAAUAGAAACAAUAAAAUAUAUAAACAUCCAUAAUAUAAAUACAAUAAAUAUCGAUAAGACAAUGUAAUAGUUACAUCCAUAAAUAUGAACAAAUAAAUACAGCUUUUAAAUAAAGAAAAGUGGGAAAACCAAGGAAAAAUAAGGGAAAAGGGGGAGUGUUAAUGGAAUAUAUAUUACGAUCUAGCUUUUUGCUAUACCUUUUUAAGAACUCAAUAUUGUAAAUUGCCAAGAGAGUCGCAGUUAUUGGAGAGAUGUAUUAUGUUCUAUAUUUAUCUACAGAUCUAUCAGAUUUAUAGCAUGAGGUCCGCUGAAGACAUCUACAAGAUACUCACCUCUUACAAGGCCAGCUAUGUCAUCGUUGAAGAUUCAAUCUGUAACGAUAUGGUUGGAAUGAAAGGCUGCCGGGUGAAAGAUUUACUGGAUAUCGCUAACGAUCAUGUAAGAUCAUUUAAUUCUUAAUUUAUUUUUUUUUUUUAUUUCUUCUACAUUCUGAGUGCAAGGAGAGUCCAUCAAGGGUGAAUUUCUACUAGACAUGGCUACAUUUUAACUUCACAAAGAGCCACUCACAAAUGGCCUCAUUGCCAGAGAGAGGGGUGUGUGUGCGUUCAUUCGUUCGUUCAGUAAUCCAUAAAUAAAACUAAACAGACUAGUUAAGCUCCAGGCCAUGUUUAUAGUUUAGCAUAUACACUGAUCAGCCACAACAUUAAAACCACUGGCAGGUCAAGUGAUUAACAGUCAUUAUAUCAUUACAAUGGCACCUGUCAAGGGGUUAAAUAUAUUAGGCAGCAAGUGAACAGUCAGUUUUUGAAUUUCAUGUGUUGCAAGCAAACAGAUCUGAGUGACUAUGACAAGGCCCAAAUAGUGAUGGCUAGACAACUGGGUCAGUGCAUCUCCAAAACAGCAAGGUCUUAUGAAAAUUCCCGGUAUACAGUGGUUUGUACCUACCAAAAAUGGUGCAAGAAGGACAACUGGUGAAACUGUGUUAGGCUCAAGGGUGCCCAAGGCUCAUUGGUACAUGUGAAAGUGAAGGCUUGCCCAUUUGAUCCAGUCACACAGAAGAGCUAUCAUAGCUUAAAUUGCUAAAAAAAUAAAUAAAAAUUGUUUAACCCCUUAAGGACCAAACUUCUGGAAUAAAAGGAAAUCAUGACAUGUCACACAUGUCAUGUGUCCUUAAGGGGUUAAAGAGACAUUGUAGGCACUAAAUCAACUUUAGCUCAAUGAAGCCGUUUGGGUGUAUAGAUCAUGCCCUAACAAUCUCACCGCUAAAUUGGUCAUGAUAGAAAGGUGUCAGAAUACACAAUGAAAUGCAUGUGGCCAUGUAGCUGACUGAUCAGAGUGCCCAUGAUGACCUCUGUCCACCACAAAAUUGCCCUUAAUGGAGACAUUAACGUCAGAACUAGACCAUGGAGCAUUGGAUACCCCUUUGUGACCAAGACCAAGUAUUCCUCUUUAUGGCAAUGGUGUUUCCUAAUGGCACUGGCCUCCUUUAGCAGUAUAAUGCAUGCUGACACGAUGCAAAAAUUGUUCAGGAAUGGUUUGAGGAUCAUAACAAAGAGGUCCAGGUGUUGCCUUGGCCUCCAAAUUCCCCAGAUCUCAAUAUGAUUGAACAACAAAUCUGAUCCAUGGAUGUCCCACCUCGCAACUGGCAGGACUUAUAGGAUCUGCUGCUAAUGUCUUAGUGACAAAUAUCACAGGACGUGUGCAAAGGUCUUGUGAAGUCCAUGCCUCAAUGCAUCAGAGCUGCACGAGGAGGACCUACAUGCACGAUAUUAGGCAGGUGCUUUUUAAGUGUGUGUGUCUCAAACACAACGAUUCAUUGAUAUUCGUAUAUAGUGCCAAUAUAAUUCACAGUGCACCACUCUAACUUGUGCCUGAACUUUGGACACACAGCAGCUCACAAUUGGACAAGUAAUUAACCAAAAGCCCUAAGAUGAGUUAAACUAAAAAUAUAUGGCCCUUACAACUUUGCGAAGUAGCACAAAAUUCCAUUGUCUCCCUUUAAGAUUAUAAGUGUUAAAUAAGUGUUUAAUUAAGCCUCAUGUGAGUAAAUGACAUAUUGAAUUCAUUUUUAAAGAAAUUUGACCCAUUCAUGACAUGACGGACCAUUCCAUUUUAAGCAUGAUACCUCUAACUCCUUUUAAUGAAGGGGUUAAGCUGCCCAUCUGCUUGUCGGUAGUGUCUGUAUUUAGGAUUAUUUUAUGUUGUAGCAGGAUAUGCACGGCUAGCAUUAUUAAGACCAUUCUUGUCCAUUACAUGAUUAUAAUGUGCCUUUUCAAUGUGUUGUCUGUUUGUACAGAUGGUUAACUACGACGGGGACUUUUACGCUUCCUCAAAAUAUGGACGAUUUUGCCAUGAAAUCAAAUUGAAUUAUUCUCCAUAUGUGAACUAUUUCACCAAAAUGUUUUGGAACAGAUCCUACUUUGUAUAUAAAAUCAACACACUCAUUUCUUUCCAGUUCUGAAAAUCACAAACUACACUUUCCUGUCCCCUCCUGUUUCUCUCCCCAUUGAACUAUCCACGUGGCCGGUACAGCGUGAAUUUUUUUUUUUUUUUUAUUAUCAAUCCUUUUAUGUGACUCAUGAGAAAAAGUGUGCUGAUUAUUUCUUGCACAAAUGCAACUUUUUUUUUUUUUUUCUUCAUUUUUUCCUCUGUGGAACGGACACUGGGGCUUCAAGCAAAGACUACGUGCCCAAAAAUGAACCCCAUCCACUGCCAAGUCAUUUGUAAAAGAAAUGGCAAUCAUGGGGGUUAUAUUGUGUGUUGUGAAAGAACUGUGCACAUUUUAUUUUGAUCUCACAAUGCCUAAAUAGCACAUCAUAUAAUGACAAACUGACAGUAGAUGUUUGAUACUUGUUUAACAGUCCGUGGGGAAAAAAAUGAAAUGAGAUGCAAAUAAUUGGAGUUUAGACAAUCGUAACCGUUUUUAAAUAUUUAACACUUACAUUGGGUGCCUUUAGUCUGACCUUCAUUUGCAAUAUAUGUAAAGUGAAAGUUCCCACUCUCAGCUGAUGAAUUAAUUCCAAAAAGGAGCAGUAUCGACAUUAAUGCGGAAGUUGGAAUUUGCAGAUCACGUAUCUGAGAAGACAAGGCGGUUAUUUAAGGAGAGGCCAGGCAUGAGGCACCAAAUAAGUGUCAAACCGUUCAAACCGUUUGACUAUUUAGUAUCUGCCGGCGCUAGGGAGUUACUGGUAGCAUAACCACUAUAAUGGGAUGUAGUGGUUAUGGUGCUUAGACUGACCCUUUAAAUGGUGACACAGGUAUUCAAGCGUUUGUACUGGAGUGUGGAUCCAUACCUAUGGCACGUUAUUGGUAUCUGAGAAAUGAAUGUCGUGUAAAAAGUAAAUCUAUUGUAAUGAAUGACAUGACUUGAGAUCAUAGUAUGAGAUUUGUCUAAAUAUUUGAAUGUGUAAACCAAAAACCUAGGCAUUUUUUUUCCCAAAAUAAUUUUUUUCUUUUUCUUUCUCUUUUUUUUUUUUUAAUAUUGUGCAGUUCCUCUUCACGUUCUUCUUUGAUGUUAUUAUACACAGACCGGGUUAUUCACUGAUCUUUAAGUUGUUAUGAAUUCACUGCGGAAUUGCAAAAUUUUUAGACCUGAAUAUCCAUGCUAGAAAUAUGGCUGGCUUGGACAAUUUUUGCAACUUGGCUAUUCUGACCCACAAUUUGCAAUUGCUGAUUCCUGAUAAUUAACAACUGAAUGGCUGAGUGACUAAAAGUGUAAAGAUGCAGUUAUAGUGAUAAGUUAUGUGUUUUGCUCUAUUUUAUACCUACUGACCUUUUAUUUGGUACAUGUCGUUAAUGUAUACAGUUAUUAGGAAUUAUACAUGUACGGUACAUGAUCUGCCCACAGUUUCAACAAACAGAUCAUGUUUUCAAACCCCAUACUGCAAUGUUGGUCACAUCAUGAUUUAAAAAAUAUAAUUGCACAUUGUGCAGUGUGGGCCUCUAACAUUAGUGCAGUGUGGACCUCUAAUCCUAUGGCAGCACAAAGACAUAUAUCUACCAGCCUGACUGGGAUUAGUGGGAAUUAAACUCCUGGGCAGCAGCCUCCUCCAUUAAUUCAGCCUCUCUCCUGUUACUGAUAUGCCAGAACAAAGGCUGUGAAGACAAAGAAAAUGCAAUUCUCUCUAGUUUCUCAUCCAGAGAGCACCAAGGAAGAUGGUCUGAACUAAGAACAGGUGUGUAAAUCCCACCAAUCUUAUAAUUUGCACAUUUGUGCGCUGCCCAAAGAUGAAAGGAACGCUAGCCAUAACCCGACUGAAAAAAUAAUAAUCAUGUAAUCUAAAAGAUACAGAACGCUGAACUGUGCAUUAGGAAAAAAUAUUGCCAUCUCAAGAUUCUAGAACCCUCUGGUCUCAUGGUUUAUUUCCAGAGCCCCUCUGUGACAUUUUUUGCUAUAAUGGAUGUUUAAAAAAACCUGAACUUUUGUUUUUGGAGCCCUAGGCAUGGAUGGGAGGAGACAAAUAUUGAUCUAAUGGGACGGAUAGGCUCUUGUUUUCGGAUAACUAAUAAACCGUACUUGGUUUUGUUUUUUGGGGGGGUUGUGUGUGCCUCCCAGCUUGAGAUGCUCUUGCUUGCAAAAUAGAUCUAUUUAUGUCAACAACUGGUGAAUUGGACAUCUGCCAUAAUAGAUUGUGUAAUCUGAUUGUGUUGUGUUGUCCUUUGACCUACAACACUAGUGGACUUAAAAUUUUAGUUUAAAAAAAAAAAAGUCAGUUGUGUCUUCAGUUUGCCAAUAUGGGUCUAAAAUUUGAUAUUCGCUCUGAAAUCCUGUCAAUUCUUUAUUUUGUAAAUAACCCUGUCUGUGGCUAAAGUUGAUGGACACUUGAUGUCCAUACAGUGCCUCUCUAUGAGAAGCAUUGUACUGGAGAAUUGUGGUGAUAUAUAUAACUUUUUGUAUCCUUUACGGUAAUACUGGAAAUACUACAAAUCAUAUGAAAAUCGUGUAGUUGAUAGUUUGACACUACUUAAUAUGAUUAUGAAUGUUGUCCUGCGCAACGUUUCAGUUCUAAGUGAGCUUUCAUCAGGGCAAAAAUAACGUAGCUUUGCUUAAACAUCAGGCAGGAAAUUCUAAUAUUUCAUAUUAAAGGGACACUAUAGUCACCUGAACAACUUUAGCUUAAUGAAGCAGUUUUGGUGUAUAGAUCAUGCCCCUGCAGUCUCACUGCUCAAUCCUCUGCCAUUUAGGUGUUAAAUCCCUUUGUUUAUGAACCCUAGUCACACCUCCCUGCAUGUGACUUGCAUAGCCUUCCAUAAACACUUCCUGUAAAGAGAGCCCUAUUUAGGCUUUCUUUAUUGCAAGUUCUGUUUUAAUUAAGAUUUUUUUUUAUCCCCUGCUAUGUUAAUAGCUUGCUAGACCCUGCAAGAGCCUCCUGUAUGUGAUUAAAGUUCGAUUUAGAGAUUGAGAUACAAUUAUUUAAGGUAAAUUACAUCUGUUUGAAAGUGAAACCAGUUUUUUUUUUCAUGCAGGCUCUGUCAUAGCCAGGGUAGGUGUGGCUAGGGCUACAUAAACAGAAACAAAGUGAUUUAACUCCUAAAUGACAGUGAAUUGAGCAGUGAAAUUGCAGGGGAAUAAUCUAUACACUAAAACUGCUUUAUUUAGCUAAAGUAAUUUAGGUGACUAUAGUGUUCAUUUAAGGAGAAUGACUGUUAUUCUGUUUGUUUGGAGGUGGGGGGGAGGGGAGUUGACAUAGCAUAACUACAGCUAGAGAUUACACUCAUUUUAUACUUUUUUUGUUGUUGCUUUUUUAGGACAUUUUAAGCACUAUUUGUUAACAUAUAGAAACUAAUACUGUAUUCUAUAUAUUGUAUUUUCUGCACUGAAAAAAUGUGUUCGGUUUUAUUCACCAUUAUCUCAUGCUGCCUUGUUUUUACCCUUUUAGCCACUGCAAUGUUCUUGUAUUAUGUAGUUUUAUUUUUAUGAAUAACCAAUUGGCAAUGCAACAUUUUUACUGAUUUCCGAUGUAUUGAUUGAGUGUGGAAGCAUGUUGGUUAGGAUUUGUUUUUGGGAUUUAAAAGAAAGCGUAUAAUUGUAUUGGUUCCAAUGACCAAAGAGUUUUGCCAAAGGUAGACUGAUGUGUGUUAUGUGCAUGAAUGAAGCACUGAUGAUUACUGCAUGGGUUUUUGGUCUUUUUACCCUUAUACAGAAAUACCACCGCAACAUAAGGUCCUUGCAGCAAAAUUACAGGGUCAAAAAAAAAAAAAAUCGAAAUAAUAAACAAAAGAAAGACGUGCACAUACACAAAUUGUUUUUUACAAUCUGGUGAUGCAAUAUUCAAGCAAGCAGUAUGUAAAUUAGGUCAAAAAAAGCAUAUUGAUUGGAUCACUGUCUAUGCCUUGUUUUUACCAAACCCCACUUCCCCCCCAUAACCAACAAUUAUCCAACAGUACAGACACUUCGAUAAAUUCUAUGAAAUUGUGAACAGGGUUUAAACCAGUUUAUCAACUGACUGAUUCAUGACUUGCCCCCAUCACUAUUGUACUUAAAAUGCAAUUAAAUAUGAACAUUUUGUAGAAAAAAUAAGGUGUAAAAAAAAAACGAAACUCUAAAUCCACCACAAUUUUCUGUAAACUAUUUAGUAAAAAAAUAAAUAAAUGUAUCUGUAUGCCAAGUAAAGUCUUUCUGCCCAUCAGUGUGAAACUCCUGAUUUAUUGCUGUUGGGUAACAUUAUAACAAGCUGGGUGACCGUUACUGACACCGUGACAGUUGUGUCAACGAGUUUGUCAACUGCCCACCGAACUCAAAACAUUUUAAUGUUCCACAAAUGUUAGAUUUUUAAAAAGUAGAAAUGAGUGAUUGUUACCAAUAAAUGCAAAUGUUAAUGAUUCUACAGUUUGGAAUGUCUAUUUAUUGAUCAAGUUUUGCCUCUCUCGGUCUGUACACUCCUAUCCACUGACUAUUUAGAAAUAGGUCAUUAUCAGUUGUACAGUGUCAGAUCAACAUCCCAUGCAUGCAUUCAAGUGUCACUGUUAUUAAGACAAAAAUAUAAACAGAAUGUAUCGAAAACAUGUGAUGUCAGCAGACCCUCAAUUGCAAUGCCAACACUUCUACUAUUCAGUCAAAGGCCACUAGUCAUUGUUCUGCUCAGGUAGGGUGGGAGCUUACCAGAAAAUAUAAUUUGCUUUAUUUAGAUUAAAGUUUACAAUUUAAAUCAAUGUUAUUGGACUGGUAAAGGAUUUCCGCUGUCUCUCAACCUGCAGUAAUUCCAUAAAAAAAACAAAAAAAAACUGAAGGCAGAUAAUUAUUCAUGAAGAGUCAUAUAGGCUUUUCUAAGCAUCUUUCCUACUCGAGAAAGCUUCUUUUCAGAAUGGCUUAUUCUGUCUCCCCUCCUCACUCUUGUGCAAUUUUUUUAAGUAAGUUCUAAAGAAGUUUGAACAAAAGGAAACAUAUCAAAAGCCAAAACCCUGAUUUAAUUUUGUUUUCUGUGUCAAGUUGUAGCACACAAGACCUCCUUUUGAGUCAAAAAUGUUCUUGUGUUAGAAAUAUUGUGUGCACUUUAUACCAG